CCCAGGAUUUGGCGUUUGUUGGUCUCUUCCACAGAGCGCUGGAGUCUCAGCCGCUCCAGAUCAGGGGGAGGGGCCCUCUGUGAAUUUGGAGCCUGAUCUAGGUUUGGAUCUGAAUCCGCCAGUGUUGCGGAGCGUUCAGAUGUGGGGAGCUAGUUCCCGCCCGCGCCACAUCACAAUGUGCCACUCCUGCCUCCCCAAUCUCCUCCCUGGCUCUGCACCUCGCCCCCUGCACCUGGAAUGUCAUUAGCGAGCUAGGCCUGACCACCUCCAUCACCUUUGCUGACCCCAUCACUUCCAUAGGGAAUGGCACUGAGGAUGCCAGGGGAACUGGCAUUCUCAGGUUGCCAGGAGCCAUUGUUCUAUUUACCAAGACAGUCUGAUGCCAGGACAGUGCCCCUGAGCUCUGGACAGGGCUAGGGCUGCAUUAGGACACCUGCCGUGCAGCUGCUGUAGAGUCAGCAGGAGACAUUGAGUGAGGAAUGGAGCCCCCCAGAGCAGGGGCCAUUCAGGACACCCAUCAUGGGAGGAAACAGGCCUGGGAUGCUCUCCAGCGGCUGCUGCCACACAGGCCUUGGAGAGAUGAUCCGUGAAACCCCCAGAAAGCGCGGCCCCUGGCACACAGCUUUGUAGCACUGGGACCCCAUACACAUAAGCCGCCAUCCAGCAGGGCCUUGGGCCAGCCCCACCCUCUCCCACUGCCCCACUCUGGGAGGCCAGGGAACAGUUCACAACUUUGCAAUGACCAGCUGCAGGGAUCCUGGCGGGCCCUGGAUGGCUGAAGAAGCCCCCAAGGACCCCUCAAAGCCCAUCGGUGCCUGGGAGGAGACAAAACCUCCCCAAUGGAAGAGUUGGCAAAAGAGCCCACAGCAGAAGCAGGAGCUGUGUGUGCCUCAGCCCUUCCAUGCCGAUUCACCAGCCUACUGUAACGCCUGCUUGAUGAGGCUAGACUCGGAGGAGAAAGAGGCUCUGGAUUACAUCGAAGCCUUUCUCACGAGCAAUGAACAGGACGAGGCCAAGAAACUCAAGUUCUUGGAUUCCAUCAGCACCCUCAGAAGCCUGCCUGCUUUUAUGAACAAAGCCCUGCUAGUGGAGAAGAUAAAGGAGCUGAUUGAUCACGAGUCCGUCGACUCCCUGACCGGCGUGAUGCGUCAGCAAGCUAUGCUCGCCAUCAUGAAGCUGAGCAAAAUGAAGCUACCGGUGCGGAUCCUGACACAACCCAGCCUGCUCGCCACCUGCUUCUCCAGCAUCUUCUCCCUGCCUCCAGCACACACCAUGGAGGAGGUGGAGGCUGCUCUCUACACCAAAACUUUGAAAACCAUGGAUGAGAUGCUGAAGGCCUUGGUGUGCGAGGAUCAGGAGCCCAACCUUCUGGUGCUGCAAAUCAUCUUGAAGGUCCUGCUCCCCUGGACCACAUCCAGGGAGGUACAUGAGCGGCUGAGGGCAGUGGGAAGGAUCAGGUGGCUGAUGGAAUUCAUGGGGUCUCAGUGCAAAUUCCAGGAAGUGGAGGAGUUCAGAGCCCUGGGCCAGCUGGUGGGGUGUCUCACUCUGUGCUGUGUGGAGCAGGAGCAGGAGAUCUGGCAAUCGGCUGUGGAGGGACUUCACCACCUCUUCUCCUUCAUGCAGCUGCUAAAAUCCAAAAUGCUGGUGAAGCACGGCGCAGAGUAUCGGCAGAUCCUCAAGGACAGUCAAACUGAGAGAGCCUUCUGGGUCACCAACAUCAGCAAUAUCACAUCGCUGUUUGGGAAGUACUUCAACCCAUCCGAGAGCAUGGACUUCCUCCUCGUUGCUAUCGACGGCGUGAGAGACUCCAGCGUCCAUGACGCAGUGACGGCCAGGAACAUGCUGCAUAAGAUCCUGGAGGUUCCCGGCCUAGGCUUGGUGAGGGUGUCAGAGGCUGUGAGGAGCAUUCAUAAGCACCUGGACUCCAUCAGCGAGCCACUUGCCCGGCAGGAGCUGCUCAGGGCCCUUCUCCUGCUGGGUUCCCAGUUCAGCGAGGAGGUGGUCGGAACCCUGCUGGGCUGCUCACUGUCAUGUGACAGUGUUGCUGCGGAGAUGUGGAAGAUGCUGACAUCCCAGCCCAAGAGCACAGAAAAGAUCCUUAGGAGCUGGUCAGCAGGCUGCAGGGCAGGCUCCACGACGGCAUCAGCUCUCUCAGAGACCGCCGGCGCGCCUCCUGGCCGCCACAAGAGCCCUAUAUGUGAUCCUGCAGGAGCAGGCCUGCAGGCAGGAAGUGAAGGAGCUCUUCCUCAGCUCUACGCGCUGCUCUUCCACGCCACCCACACAGUGCAGCACACUGCUCGCAGGGAGAGGAGCAUAACCAGGAGGACACGGCUGCACCCUCAGCUCCCGCCAGGUACCGCCAGCCCGACACUCCAGCCUGGGUUCUGCAGCGCCUGCAGGCACGCAGGGCCUGGCCUGGGCUCACCAGUAACAAGAGGCUCGCCUGCACACAGGUUCGCGGUGAAGGCCAUGGAAGCUUUGCUUCGCGCUGGCUACAAGGAGCAGGCCACCUUCAUGAUGAAGCAUGGCCGCUGGGACCUGCUCAUGAGCCCGACACGCACCACAAAGGUGUCUGCCUGCUUGCCCG